AAGGCCUCAUAUUCUAUGGAAUUUAUGACAUUAUCAUUUGGUAUUCAUGCUUGGGCUUCUUGCCCGUCUCUAGCUACUUUAAUUCCAGUGUUGUUCUGGAAAUCUUAUUAUUUUCUCUACAGUCACCGUCUCCUCUUAUUUAUUGGUUUGGUGUUUAGUCGUUCCUUGACGAACAAUGCAAUUGUGAGUGUAUUAUCAUGGCUUUUAACACCAAAUGGAGAUCAUAUUGUGAAGUCUGCAAUUUUAACAAACGCACAUGAUGUAUUAUCUUUGGUUUUUUUGGUAUUUAUGGCUUACGCAGCUGACUCGUUUAUUGGGAGAUUCAACACACUCUUGUUUUCAAAUGUUGCAUAUAUCGUGGCUUUGGUCCUUUUUUGGAAGUUCCAUCCACAUGAUAAGAUCUGGGUUCUUUUGGUAACACUUGCUCUUCUAGCUCUUGGAACAUCAGGAUACAAAAUUCUACAAGAUGCACUUCGAGACUUGGUAACGGACAUUGAUGACUCAUCAGAUCCAGAUGAAACACGAUCUAAUGCUCGUGCAACAAUUUGGUAUCGUGUAGCAUACAUGCUUGGUUUCGUGUUAGCAAUAUUCGUAUGGGUUUUUUUGGAGUUUGAUUCAUCUUGGAAGAGUGCAAUCUUUAUUUGCAUAAUCACAAUGACAUUAGCUGUAAUUAUAUCCGGAUUUGGUCAUCUUGGCAUCUUAGGGUACUUCUUGAAACCAAGUUAAUCUCUUAACACCAUGUUAGUUAGUUUAGAAUAGAUAGUUUAGUUUAUUAUUACAAGGCGGUUACAAGCGGUUAUGAAACUAAGGGACUAAAGUUGACAAGAUGGAACUUGUUAACCACCAUCAUUUAGCGAAGAGGUGUGUCCCUCACACACACCCAUUCGGAGAUCGACAUCAAGGAAGGAAGAAGGAGACAUGACGGUUCGAAUGAAUGGCUGAGAAUCGACAUACCCCUUCAAGAUCAAUCAUAGCCACACAAUCCAAGAGACACACCCUUUCACGAAGAGUCAUGUCUUUUCAUUCGUACCUCUUAGAAACUAUAGAUAGAGAUAGUUUGAUUUCAUUUGUAUUCACUACUCUCAUUCGAUUUGUAUGUAUUACACUUAUUCGAUUAUUAUAAAGUUGUUAUUCAAGUUAUUCACGCUCGUUAGAGAUCAAGAUCCAAGUUCGGGCCAACAAAGUGGUAUCAGAGCAUCAGGCUCUAGGCGUGGGAAU